AUGGCCGACAAUUAUUCAAAGGGAACCCGCGUUUGGUUUCCAGACAAGGAGCAGGGCUGGAUCUCUGCAGAGGUCACAGGAACCGCCAAAGGCUCCAAGGAUGGCGUGAAGAUUACUUUUGUAGAUGACCGGGGCAAGGAGAUUAUCGUCGAUACCGGCAGCGACAACGCAGAGCUUCCGCCGCUGAGAAACCCGCCUCUUUUGGAGACGGCGGACGAUCUAGCCACUCUUUCGCACUUGAAUGAACCUUCUGUUUUACACACUAUACGACUUCGUUAUGCCCAGCACAGUAUCUACACCUAUUCAGGAAUUGUGCUAAUAGCAGUCAAUCCCUUCCAGCGCGUGGCUCUCUACGGACCAGAAGUCAUCCAGGCGUACAGCGGAAGACGUCGCGGAGACCUCGAGCCUCACCUUUUCGCUAUCGCGGAGGACGCGUACGGACACAUGAAGAGGGAUGGAAAAGGCCAGACUAUCAUUGUAUCUGGAGAGAGCGGUGCAGGGAAAACAGAGUCUGCUAAAUUGAUCAUGCGAUUCCUCGCCUCGGUCAAUUCUGCAGAGGCAUCAGAUGGCCGCGCUCGUCUCAAAAUGGAGGAGUCGAGUGAAGUAGAACAACAAAUCUUGGCUACCAACCCAAUCCUUGAAGCAUUUGGUAAUGCGAAGACGACACGAAACGAUAACUCAUCACGAUUCGGCAAAUACAUCCAGAUUCUGUUCGACGGAAAGACUCAGAUUGUUGGCGCUCGCAUUCGCACAUAUCUCCUUGAGCGAUCGAGACUCGUCUACCAACCUGACAUUGAACGAAACUAUCACAUCUUCUACCAACUAUGCGCGGGCGCCCCAGUCAAGGAACGAAAAGACCUUGGUUUAGAUACCGACAUUACGAAAUUCCACUACAUGCGCCAAGGCGGACCUCACUCUACUCCUAUCGCUGGCGUUGAUGACGCAGAGGAGUUCCGCAUGACUCAACAAGCGCUAUCCACUGUCGGCAUCGGUAUCGAUAAGCAAUGGUCCGUCUUCCGGCUUUUGGCUGCUCUUCUCCACAUCGGGAAUAUCGUUAUCACCGGACAGAGGAACGACUCGAACAUUGCGGAUCAAGAACCUUCUCUCUUAUUAUGUACACGCUUCCUGGGAAUAUCUCCUGUCGAAUUCAAAAAGUGGACGAUUAAGAAGCAAAUCACGACGAGAAGCGAAAAGAUUGUCACUGGCCUGAAUCUCGCCGCGGCCACAGUUGUUCGUGACAGUGUUGCCAAGUUCCUCUACGCCUGUCUGUUCGAAUGGCUCGUCGCCAUCGUCAACGAGAGCUUGGCUGGCGAGAAUGGCGAGGCCGCAAACCGUGCCGAGAUGUUUAUUGGUGUACUUGAUAUCUACGGCUUUGAGUUCUUCAAGAAGAACUCUUUCGAACAAUUUUGUAUCAACUAUGCCAAUGAGAAGCUGCAACAAGAGUUCAACGCUCACGUCUUCAAACUGGAGCAAGAAGAAUACGUCCGCGAACAAAUCCAGUGGAAGUUUAUCGACUUCUCGGACAACCAGCCAUGUAUCGACGUUAUCGAAGGCAAACUCGGUGUUUUGGCCCUGUUGGAUGAAGAGUCUCGACUCCCCUCUGGGACAGACGCGUCUUUCCUUCAAAAGCUCCAUCAGCAGCUAGACAAGCCACAGUACAAGGAUGUUUACAAGAAGCCACGGUUCGGAACCUCUGCUUUCACAAUUGCUCACUACGCUGUUGAUGUCACAUACGAAGCAGAAGGCUUUUUGGAGAAGAACCGCGAUACCGUACCAGACGAACAUCUCAAUCUUCUCGCAUCUACCAAGAAUCCUUUCUUAAAGGAAGUGCUCGAUGCAGCGCUUGCAUCCGCGAAGCCCGCUGAUCCUGGCUCCCCGGCCAACUUCUCCGAUGGAAGCAGCCAAGGUUCUCGCAGGUCUUCCAUGAUUCCUGAUCCAGGAAGGUCCUCCUUGGUGUCGUCUUCCAGCGCACCAAGCUCUAGCGGCGCUAGAAAAGUUGGUGCGACCCGUAAGCCGACGCUUGGUUCUAUCUUCAAGGGCUCCCUCAUCAGCUUGAUGGAUACCUUGGGUGUGACCGAUGUUCAUUACAUCCGUUGCAUCAAGCCCAACGAGGCUAAAAAGGCUUGGGAGUUUACACCGCAGCAAGUCCUCGGCCAACUGCGUGCUUGUGGUGUUUUGGAGACUAUUAGAAUCAGCUGUGCCGGAUAUCCUAAUCGAUGGACAUUUGGGGAAUUUGCCGAGAGAUACUAUAUGCUGCUGAAGUCCGACUCCUGGCAGCAGGGUGCUCAGGACCCCAAGCAGUUUUCAAAAAUCAUCCUCAGUAAUACGAUCAAAGACGACGACAAGUUCCAGAUCGGCCUGACAAAGAUCUUCUUGCGUGCCGGUAUGCUCGCAUAUCUCGAGUCGAGACGUUUGGACAGGCUCAACGCUUUGGCGACAAUCAUUCAAAAGAACUUCAAACGGACGGUGGAGCGUCGAAAGUAUCUCAAGAUGCGCGAGUCGGCCAUCCGCAUUCAGACUCUGUGGCGUGGAGUCAUGGCCAGAAAGCAGGUUGAUAAUAUUCGAAAGGAUACCGCAGUUCGCCGCCUUCAGAGAGUUGCGCGGAUGUUCAUCCAACGCAGCCGCUUCUUGGCCAUCCACAACUCGGUCACCAAGCUCCAAUCGGUCAUUAGGGGUGCGAAUGCACGGAGGACGCAUCUCAAUCAGCGGUUGUAUCACGGUGCCGUACGACUCCAAUCGCUUCUUCGUGGAGUCCUUGUGCGGCGAAAGUUCAAAGGAGAUGUCAAAAAGGUUAUCCUCAUUCAGUCAUGCAUCCGCCGUCGGCUCGCCCGCAAGGAAUUGAAGGCCCUGAGGCAGGAGGCAAGAUCCGUCUCCAAGUUCAAGGAAAUCUCUUACAGACUCGAGAACAAAGUCGUCGAGCUGACACAAGCGUUGCAAGCCCGUACUGCUGAAAAGAAGGAGCUGCAGGCAAAGAUUGACGGGCUCGAGCAGCAACUGAGGAGCUGGAUCACCAAGUUCGAGGAUUCAGAUGCUAAAGCCAAACAACUUCAGUCGGAUAUGCAAACUGCCUAUGUUCCACUCGGCCGCUUCGAAGAGCUCAUGACGAGCAAGGCGGAUCUCGAUGCGCGCAUCGAAGCCGCGACCAAGAAAGCGCAGGAGCAGGAGGAAGCCAUCGCCUCUCUCAACACCGACAUUGAGAAGAAGACCAAGGAGCUAGAAGCCAAAGCCAAGCUUACGAAUGGAACGACCUCAAAAGAGGACGCGUCUCUUAUCGCCACGUUGAAGAGCGAAAUUAGCAGUCUCCGCGAGCAACUCAAUAGGUCCAAUGCCCUCAAUUCGCUGACCGGGCGUGCCUAUCAACCAAACUCGCCGACCUUUGCACCUGGUCUCAAGGGUACUGAUAAAGGUGCCGUCCCACAACUCGCUCCGGCCCCCAGCGGGAAGCGCCGCCAACGUCGACACAGUACCGCUGGUGUAUUCGCAGAUCGCGACGAGAUGGAGGCGGAUAGUGAUGAUGACCUCUACAAUAAGCGAUCUCGAGAUCCACGAGCGGUGUCAAUGGCCUUCCCUCACGAUGCUAUCCCACGGUUCCGACCAACAAACGGACUUCCAGACAUUUACGACGAUCCCGCCGAAGAGAAGAUUCGGUUGCUGGAGGACGCAGAGGCUUUGGACGAGGAGAUGCUCCAGGUGCUCAUAAAGGGUUUGAAGACCCCACCACCAAAUUUGACGAACCAACCCUCGAUGAAGGAGGUGCUUUUCCCAGCCAAUCUCAUCAGUUUGGUCACCAAUGAGAUGUGGAAGUAUGGUCUUAUCGCCGAGAGCGAACGGUUCCUGGCCAACGUGAUGCAGACCAUCCAGUCCCAUGUCAUGUCGUUUACCGGAGAGGAUGCCAUUGUACCCGGAAUUUUCUGGCUCUCAAACGUGCACGAGAUUCUCUCCUUCAUUUGCCUAGCAGAAAGCGAUAUGCUACAAGGAAUUGGACCCGGCGGUGAUCCAGCGGGUCGGGAAUUCGAUUGGACCGACUACGAGCGUUUGGUAUCCAUCGUAAAGCACGAUCUCGACAGCUUGGAAUACAAUAUCUACCAUACGUGGAUGUUGGAGACCAAGAAGAAGCUGGCGAAGAUGGUUAUUCCGGCUCUCAUCGAAAGCCAAUCCCUUCCAGGCUUUACUACAACCGACGGUGGAGGCCGCUUGUUCAACAGACUGCUCAACGCCAACACCCAGCCUGCGUUCAGUAUGGAUGACGUCCUCAACCUCCUCAACAAAGUCUGGCGUAGCUUGAAGAGCUACUACAUGGAGGAGUCUGUCGUUCAGCAGGUCGUCACCGAAUUGCUCAAACUCGUUGGCGUCACGAGCUUCAACGACCUUUUGAUGCGGCGCAACUUCUGCUCGUGGAAACGAGCUAUGCAAAUCCAGUACAACAUCACCAGGAUUGAGGAAUGGUGCAAGUCCCACGGCAUGCCAGAGGGAACACUGCAGCUCGAACACUUGAUGCAAGCGACGAAGCUGCUGCAGCUCAAGAAGGCUACCGCUGCUGAUAUCGAAAUCAUUUAUGAUGUGUGCUGGAUGCUGAGUCCCUCUCAGAUUCAGAGAAUGUGCACCAACUACUUCGUUGCAGACUAUGAGAAUCCUAUUUCACCCGAGAUUCUUCGAGUUGUCGCAUCUCGAGUUGUCCCCAACGAUAGAAACGAUCAUCUCCUGCUACCCCCAGAGAGCGAGGAUGUUGGCCCAUACGAGUCACCUCUCCCGCGCGAUGUGUCGGGACUGGAGACGUAUGUACCAGCGUACUUGAAUAUGCCACACAUCCGCCGUCUGGCCAUGCUAGUGGCUUGA